AUUAAUCGGCACCAAAAUUCUAAAACCUGGGGAAUAAACAAGGGCGAUGAGUUUCGGACCAAUACAAUGAGACUUCGUCUAUUCCUUGCCGGCAUUGACUGGCUUCUGUUUGAUGGAAGGCGCAAUCACCCGAGUCAAGGAGAGACAAGCAUAAGAUAUACUGGAACUUGGAAGGCAUAGUGGACAUAGGGCAAGGGGUGAAAGAAAGGAGCUCCAAAAUGGAAGUUACUGUACGUACAUACGGAGUUGGGACCCACCCCGAGCAGCUGCGGCGGUGCAUUCAAGCGGGUCUUUCUAAGGUUAGGUAGGGGAGUUGAGGAUCAGAAGUGGUAAGGUAGUUAGCAGCCAGUGGACACAGGCUCGCAAAAAUGGAAAGCACAUGAAAACGAACAACUCAUCACUGUAGAAAGCCACUCACUCACUCUCUUUUUACCGUACUGUGCCUGCCGAGCCAUAACUACCACACCCGCCGCGUUGCCUACGGCCUUUGCCAAUCUUUUAUUUCUUGGUUCGCCUUGUUUUCUUCCACUCAUUCUUUAUUACUGCGGGAUCCUGCCUUUUCAAGCCUUUGCAGCCCGUCUGAUUUGACGGACGCACCUCCUGCAUCAAACGAAUUCUCUCCAUGGGAAGGGGGUCAUCCCGUCUCGGACUGUGAUACCUCGAGGUAACACACAAUCAAUCAAUCACCUUAACUACUACCAAGGUACCUACCUACUUGGUACACCUACCCAAGUUUUAAUCAUCUUGAUCAUUCAUCCAUCACAACAAAGCAUCCUUUCUUCCCGCAAACUUCCAUUCGGUCGCCCUCGAUCUCUUCUUUUUUGGACUCAGAUCCACAACUGUAGCCUCAGAAAUCGUCAAACUGCAUAGACCAGCAGCUCACGGACCACGUCAAGCCGAGUUCAUCCCUCGUCAAAUCAUCAGAUUCAAAGCAACUUGAUACCUACCUAGGCUUCUUGUCUCCUCACUCUUUCACCCUCAGUCUGCUACAACUCUCAUAUCGUCUCUGUUGAGGGGGCCCUUACUCAUCAUGUCUCUGGAUCUUGAACAGCACCUCACCUUUUAUGGUGCUUACCACCAUAACUCGGUUAAUGUCGCCAUCCACAUGGUUUGCGUCCCCCUCAUCCUCUUAUCGGGGUUCUGUAUGGCCACAUACACCGGCACACUCAUUCCUACACCAUCUUGGAUCACUCCCCCUUAUCUGGAUCUCAACCUUGGUGUCAUUGGUGCCAGCCUUUAUUCCUUGCUCUAUCUGCUCCUAGAGCCCUUUGCGGGCUUCCUUCUGGCUCUUUUCUGCAUGGGGGGUGCAGCACUUUGCAACUACCUCCAUCAGCAAAACCCUGACACAACCUUUCAGGGCGCUCUAGCUAUCCAUGUUGUCUGCUGGAUCUUCCAGUUUAUUGGUCAUGGUAAAUAUGAAGGGCGUGCCCCUGCUUUGCUCGACAACCUCAUCCAGGCUAUCUUCCUUGCCCCUAUGUUCGUGUGGCUUGAGAUACUCUUCAAGUUCGGAUACCGACCAGAGCUCCGAUCUCGUGUCAACAAGAAAGUCCAGGUCGAGAUCGAGAAGUUCAAGUCAAAGAACGGCAAGGCCCAAUAGAGCAAUCAUCUCAACCUGAUCUACUUCCCUGACCUUGAGCAUAUAAGAUGGUCCUUCAGACGACCAAUGCUCCGGGUACUGUGUUGUAGAACCAACCUCAACAUCGAGACAAAUCACGCUUUGACGUGUCCCAACUUGCAUUUCAGAUACCAACAAUCGAUGAUCAAUAGCGAGCACCCAAUCUAUCGUCAUUGGGCCUCAUUGCACGGAAUACGACAGUAUUCUUUUCGCCGCCGCGGAGAUGAAGGUGGCCUUGGUGAUCUCACCCCUUUUGUUUACUCGCGCACUUUAUGCUCUUGAGAGCAGAUUCGCUUGCUUACACGACCGUUAGGUUGUCCUGAGACUCAUAUGAAAUCGGCACGUAAAAUACAAGGAGAGGGUCGGAGGGUGAAUCGGUCCAAGUAACCGCCUCAGCAUCAUAUGGAGUGUACGGAGUUGUUUCAUUUGCGAUUAAAUAACAGUUAACAUCAAGCAUGUAGUAUAUUCUUCAAUAUAUUCGUAUCAUUUAUCAGUAGGUGUUAUUGAUAGUAUAUUCAUCCGGGGAGAAAUGUUAUAUUGCUAUCUGAUCCUUUCCACGAUGUCAUCCUCGAG